AUGGACAACACCCAUUAUGUAUUACACGUAAGUAGACAACACAUGAUGGCUAUACAAAAUAGUAAGAGUAAGAGUAAGAUCUUUUGGUCAUCUUUAGCAUGUGUACUGCUUGUUUUAUUCGUGUUAGUGGAUGUGGGAGUCUCUCAAACUAGCGGGGGAGUGGGUUCCAUCGUUUCUUCUGAUGUUUUGAAUUCUGUAGUUGGAGGAGCUGCCAGUGGGUGUGCAGGAAAUGGGUUUUAUAAUUAUGAUUCCUUCAUUAAUGCUGCUAAUGCUUUCAUUGGGUUUGGGACAUCUGGGUCUUCUGAUGUUAACAAGAGAGAAGUUGCUGCCUUCUUCUUAGCAGUACUGAUUAGAAGGGGUAGUCUGUAUUGGAUAAUAGGGUUUUGCUACAUCGAAGAGCAGAAUCCUAGCAGCAUAUACUGCGAUGCCUCCAACACUCAGUAUCCCUGCACCCCCGGCAAGAGUUAUCAUGGCAGAGGCCGUCUGCAGCUCUCAUGGAAUUAUAACUACGGGGUGGCAGAAAACUACAUUCAAUUUGAUGGGCUGAACAAUCCAGAGAUUGUGGGCACUGGUUCGACCAUCUCAUUUAAGACGGCGGUGUGGUUUGGGAUGGUGAACAGCAACUGUCAUACAGCAAUCACGUCUGGCCAAGGCUUCGGAGCCACGAUAAGAGCUAUAAACAGCAUGGAAUCCGAUGGUGGAAGUGAUGCAACUGUGAGCAGCAGGGUGAAUUACUUCCAGAAGUUUUGCCAGCAGCUCAACGUCGACCCAGGAUCGAAUCUUCGAUGUUAAUUUGCCUUUUUGUCCAGCUCUAGAUUUUUUAGGUAAAUUAUGUCGAGAGAUAUCUUUUAAUAGAAGGCAUCUGAUAAAUGCAAUAAUAUUAGUAGUAUAUAAGAGUUUCAAAAAUAUGAAUAAUAAUAGAAUUGCUUAAGUAUGUACCAGUAUUAUCUAAGACGGCAUUCCCUUUUAAAUUUUAUUGCACCCUUCGACUAUCGUUUGAAUGUAGUGGUUUCAUAUACUUGGAGACAAGUGGCGAGGGUUCUAUUUUAUUUGGAAUAAUAAAAUAACACCUCCACAAAAACAAAAAGAUGACAUAUUUCAUGCAUUUACCCGUCAUUUGCAUGUCAAAUUGUUUCAAAAUUGAGUUUUUGUUUAUGAACAUUUUGAUGUCAUUGUAGAUGCCUCUUGG